AAUUCCAGAGGUGCUGCUUCUCUGUUGAAGGAUAGUAUCCCAGUUACUGAAUUUUCAGCUUCAGGACCAUUUGAAGGUCAUGAUCUUCUGCGCAGAGGCUUUACAAGUGUGAAAAAUGAAUUGUUGCCCAGCCACCCACUGGAGUUGUCAGAAAAAAAUUUCCAGCUAAAUCAAGAUAAAACAAACUUUGCCACGCUGAGAAACAUUCAAGGAAUCCACGCACCUUUGAAGCUGCAGAUGGAAUUCAGAGCAGUGAAACAGGUCCAGCGUUUCCCAUUUCUUCACAGCUCAAACAUAGCACUGGAUACUCUGAGGGGAAAUGAUGAAUGCAUCAGUUUUGAGGAUAUCCUUAAUGAUCCUUCACAGAGUGAGGUUAUGGGAGAACCACACAUGAUGAUGGAAUACAAGCUUGGUUUAUUGUAACAAAAUGUACUCCACAAAAAUGUUUUGUGCGUGUCUUUAUACUGCAGAUCUGAAUACAUGAUACUAAAUUGACACUCACAGUGUUAAGCAGUCCUACAGUUAUCAUUUGCCUUCCUUGAUGAAAAGGCACAUUAAAUGUUUAAAGUCUAUAAAUUGUUCUGUGCUUGUUGUCAAUUAUAUAAAUGUCCUGUAACUAGGUAGUUUAAAUAAUGUCUCUUCGUACACUGCUCAGGACAAUAGCUUCUUAACUAUGGAAAUGCUAUAUAUGUAUACAAGAAAUCCCAAAAUACCCCUGCAUUUUAAAAGUAGUUACUGUAGGAAAAUGCAUUUAAUGGAUGUUCUUGCAGAAGAACUUUUUAAGGGGGGAAAGAAGGUAUUUUCCAUUGAGUAACUCUUUGUUCAUGGAAGUUUUCCAUACACUUUUUAAACUAUUGAAUAAAAGUUUGCUAUAAA